UUACCUGCUUCGCUCACAAACUCUGAACGUGCUGCUGGUAUUCUGUCCACAUUUGCUGAGUCUGCAGGGCAGAAGUUUAACAUCAGUUUUCUCACAGUCUUUAGGAUUUUCUUCCUUUAUUGUCUUUUCUUUGUCUAUGAUGUUUUACAAGAGCUCUUAAAUGGAAUAACUCUGCCUGUGGAAGUGGCAAAUAGGGAGCCAGUUUUAUUUCUGCAUCUUCACCUCUGUUCUCUCAGGUCUUCGUGUGAUCGGCACAGACAGGAUGUCAUGGCGUCCUCAGUACCGUAGUUCCAAGUAUCGCCAUGUGUUUGGGAAGCCGGCCACAAAAGAGAACUGCUAUGAUGGUGUCCCCAUCACCCGGAGUGUUCAUGACAAUCACCUCUGCACCGUCAACCCUCGCUUUAUCGCCGUCAUCACUGAAUGCGCAGGGGGUGGGGCCUUCCUGGUACUGUCCAUCAAUCACACUGGCAAGGUUGACCCUCAUCAUCCAAGGAUUUCUGGUCACAGAGGCAAUGUACUUGACAUCAAAUGGAAUCCCUUUAAUGACUUCUGCAUAGCAUCUUGUUCAGAGGACACCACAGUUAAGAUCUGGGAUAUCCCUGAACAUGGUGUUUUGAAGAACAUCACAGUGCCUCGGAAGGAGCUGCAGGGUCAUUCACGACGUGUCGGACUUAUUGAAUGGCAUCCCACUGCUAACAACAUCAUUUUCAGUACUGGCUAUGACUAUCAGGUUAUGGUGUGGAAGCUCGAUGUUCCUGAACAGGUGAUCAAAAACCCUUUGCGGUCCAUCAGUGUGCACUCAGAUGUGGUUCUGUCCAUGUCCUUUAACACAAACGGCAGCAGGCUCGCCACCUCAUGUAAGGACAAGAAGAUCCGAGUGUUUGACCCACGUACUGGCAACCUUUUACAGGAGACCAACUGCAAAUCACACAAAGCCAAUAAAGUGCUAUUUCUUGGAAACCUGAAAAUGCUCCUCUCUACGGGCAAUUCACGCUGGAACCAUCGUCAGAUUGCACUUUGGGAUCAGGAGGACCUCUCUCAGCCGUCUUAUUCUGAGGACUUGGACGGCUCCUCUGGUGUUCUCUUCCCAUUUUAUGACCCUGACACACACAUGCUUUACAUAGCUGGAAAAGGUGAUGGAAAUAUCAGAUACUAUGAAAUCAGCCCAGAGAAGCCAUAUGUGCACUAUUUGACUGAAUACCGGUCUUUUCUACCACAGAAGGGAAUGGGUGUCAUGCCAAAGAGAGGUCUUGAUGUGUGUUCCUGUGAAAUCUUCAGAUUCUACAAGCUGGUGACAAUCAAAAGUCUCAUAGAACCUCUAUCCAUGAUUGUUCCACGAAGGUCAGAGUCCUAUCAAGAGGACAUUUACCCCAUGACAGCUGGGAACAAGCCUUCCAUGACAGCAGAUGAGUGGAUCGGUGGUCUAGACAAAGGUCCUGUGAUGAUGUCUCUGAGGCCUGGAAGUAAACUGGACUCAUAUGUGGAACUGGGCUCAGGGAAAGACCCAACAGACUCGAUGGAGACACAGCAUUCUCGUAGUCGGCCAGGACUAUCACUGCUGAUUCAGGAACGGCUGGAUGCCAAAGAAGGGAACGCACGCAAAGAAUCCCCCCCUACCUCGCUGCUCCCAUCCACAGAUGAAAAGAGCAGCUCUACAACCUACGUCAGCAAUGGACAACUAGAUUCCAUGCACUGCUCGCCUCCAAAAACAGAAAAUGAGCUACGACAAAUGUUUUAUAAGCAGCAGGAAGAGAUCCGAAGGCUGAAGGAGCAGCUUAACCAGAAGGAUGUGCGGAUAAAACAGUUGGAAUUGGAGAUCAAAAAUGUGAGAAACUCACAAGCCAAUCUUUAAAAGAAACUGUAGUACAGCACACUGUCAAAAGCCUUGUCUGCUUCACUAACAUUCAUUCAUAAAAAAUGUUCUGCCUCAUGAAUCAUGCUGUAAAGGUGUAGUCACAUGUACAGAAGUUUAGUCAUUUCUAGAGGAAUCCUUGCGAUCGGGAGUUUCGUUCGAUGGCAAAAAGGUUCCCUUCAGAGUUUGAGUUCAAGUUGGUCACAUGAAUUUGAGCCAUUGACCAAUAGAAAGCUGCUUGGAUUGAAAGGGACUCUGUGCUUCAUGCAUCGCUACACUUGUGACAAUGGACAAUAGACCUUUUUGCCCAUGAAAUUUUACUAAUGUGACCGCAUCUUAAGGAAACACAUGGGCUACAUCCACAUUUCUAGUGUCUCUUUACGGAAAGUCAUUCCUUGUAUGCACGUUUUGUGCACAUAUAUACUGUACAACCUUCAUGGAAAUUUUUAUUAGACUUUAGCACUAUGCAAACAUGUUAUUUUUUUUCUUAGCUUCUGAUCAGACUUGUUUAAAUGUGUUUUUGGUUAUUACUAUUUUGAAAAAAUGGCCUAAAUGAGCAUAUGUGUGUUAUGUUUUAUAAAUUGGGUUAUUUGAGAUUUUGCUUGAAUAGAAUUGUAAUGAGAUUUCUUUUUCAGAUUAAUUUUCUAUUUAAAUUUCUGUGCAAAUGGAUGAGCGAUGUGGGAUGAAAGUUUGAUAAUAAUUAUGCAAAUGCAAAUUUUUAGAACAAAGGGAGGUACAUUUGAAAAUGUAAGUUCUACACAUGUGCAUUAUCAUCUUAUGUUUGAGAUAUUUCGCUUUCUGUGUGUUCAAAUGCUGAUAAAAGAGUUUACCAAAUCCCAGCAUGCACUGAAGUGGUAGCGUUGUGGGAACUGGCUGGGGUUCACACAAUAUCUAAGAUAAGUCGGGUUUAGGUUCAGUAAUUCCUUCAAGCAUAUGGGCCAACCACUGACAAAAUCCUAUUCUGCAACAUGCUUGCUAUGAACUGCCAAACUGUUCAAAAUGCAUGAAAGUACCACCACAUUUUAUUGGUUUACUGUGUUUAACUCAGAAUUACAGUUUUAAAAAUAGUCGUCCAUUAGGAGCUUUUCACAAAUUUGAACAAGCCAUACUUUUUACAAAUUAUUUGAAUAAUGUUCUGUUUAUAUAUGGAUCUGUAUAUGCACACGUCAGAAUAUAUAAUCGAAUAAGAGGUUAAAGAUGCUAUUUUAAGUGUUGUUGCUGAAAUAUUUCAAGAUAUGUACUAAAUGUUGUCCAAACAACCUUGAUUGCAGUCUUUUCUUUUUUAAUCCUAAACUGAAAUAAAUACAAUAAUUUGGGCUAUCGGAUAAAAUGGCCAAACACAGAGGCUUUCAGAGGCUCAGUAAGGCAUUCAAAUAAAUGAUUGCAACAACUACACUUGUAUAUGAACUAUAUUCAUAUAUGAACUAACAAUGAACAGGACUUCUACAUUGUUUAUUCAUCUUUAUGUUGAUUUCAACAUUUAAUAUUUUUUUCAAUCAAAAGAUGUAACAUUAGUUCAUGUGAAAUAAAGUAAUGAACAACUGUUUUAUUAACAGACAUUGCUGACGACAAUGUGUUACAGAAAAACAUAUGAUGAUUAAAAAAAUAUAAAAUCUAAAAGUAAUGUGUCAUGGAUGAAACCAGAUCGAUGAUCUUUAUAAGAACCGACAAAAUUUUAUUUCAUGAAAGAGAAUUUGGUUGCUGCCUUCUAGUUUAAUCUAAAAUGGGCCACUUUUUAUUUAUAUUCUGAGAUAUAUAUUCAUAAGUCUGGAUAUGUCUUUUUCAGUUGUGCAUCAUAUACAAAAAGUUUCCAUGAAUGAGCAAAUGUGUGGAGCACAGGGAACCACACACACACACACAAAUGCCUCUUCCAUUCUUUUUCCACAAAUUGCGGGAAUUUCACUGGAUUGUAUCGGCCUCUGUUCCACCUGCCACUCAUAUUUAGAAUAAAUUGUGACUGGUAUCCAUUUCCAGGCAGUUAGCUCUGACAGACUGGUCAAAAUGAGUUGAAAAUAAAUGCAAUUUAUUCAAUUCAGUAAA